UUGUUUGUAUUAUAUUUUGUAGUAUUAAAUUUAAAGGUUCCAGAUAAACUACUUUACCGCUCUCCAAAAUGUGUAAAUUAAAAUAAUAAUAAAUACAAAUUUUGGCUCAGUUAAAAAAGUGCUCUGCUUGGGAAUAUUAUAGAUUUUAUUAACUAUCAAAAAUGGGUCAGGACUACAAAAUUAAAGGUCCGGUUGUUGGAGCCCGUCAUCUUCAGGCUGUCCUAAUCAACUUAGCUAUGUUAACUUGCUAUUUACAAAGAGUAAAUAUUUCUUUGUCAGUAAUUGCUAUGACCGAUUCAAAAACAACCAAUCCUGAUUUUCCUGAAUACGAUUGGGAUGAGAAGCAAAGAUCUUACAUUAUUAGCAGUUUCUUUUGGGGCUAUAUUGUAACACAAUUUCCCGGUGGAUUUAUGGCACGAAAAUUUGGCGUCAAAAUUACAAUCUUUACAGCAAUGUUUGGAUCUUCAUUAUUCAAUCUACUGAUACCAUUUUGUGUACCUUGGGGUCAAUGGCAAGUUUACUGUGCCAUUCGAGUUAUACAAGGUCUAUUUCAAGGCUUGGUCUUUCCAAGUGCUCAUACUCAUUUGGCUAUGUGGUCUCCUCCUGAGGAACGAACUUUUUUGGGUGGACUUUGUCAUCUUGGUGUUGAGACUGGUACAAUUCUAGCCAUGGUUCUAACAGGGAUUAUAGCUGCAUCAGAUAUCGGAUGGCCAGGAAUAUCAUAUGUUUAUGGAGGAACCGGGAUUGUAUUUUGUGUUUUAUGGUUCAUUUUUGCUGAAAAUAGUCCAACGAAUGCUCGAUUUAUAACUUCAGGAGAGAGGAAUUACAUCCUCAAUUCUCAAGGCUGUAUUGAAGGUGAAACAAAAGCGAAUAGUCCAAUUCCAUGGAAGUCAAUUUUCACAUCGGUUCCAUUUAUUUCGCUGCUUCUUGUCCGAAUUGGUCAUAAUUGGGGUUCAUCUACAACACAAAGUCAAAUUCCAAUAUAUCUUCAUGGAGUUCUAAAUAUGAACAUUCUCUCUAAUUCCUUCUAUUCGUCACUUCCUCAUAUAGCCACUUGGGUUUUAUCGUUUGUAUACUUCACAGCUGCUGAGGUAGUGUUGAAGAAUAAAUGGGCAUCUUUGUCUGUGGUUCGUAAAACCAUAAACACUAUUGCUUUGUGGGGUCCAGCGGCCAUGUUAAUUGCUGUUGGAUUUUUGGAAUCGGAUCAAAAAGUAUUAGCCAUAACGUUGUUAACUUUAAAUGAAGGUCUCAAUGGAGGACAUACAGUUGGAAGUUUGUUGAAUUUAAUUGAUUUGUCACCAAAUCAUACAGCUGUUUUGACAGCAGUGCUAAAUUGUAUUACAAAUACUGUUCCAAUGAUAACUCCACUUGUUGUUGGAAUGAUUGUUUAUGAUGAGACUCAACGAACACUUUGGCAAAUAGUUUUCAUUAUUGCUGCAGGAUUUUUCUUUUUUGGAAAUUUACAAUACCUUUUCUUUGGAUCAACGGAUGCUCAACCUUGGAAUUAUGCAGAAGUUAUACACAAAAAUGAGAGUGAACAAAAACGAAAUUCGGAAGUUAGCAGAAAUGAGAAGAAAUUAAUACUCGUGUUAUAGUUUAAUUGUAAAAUAUUAAGAGUUUAAAAAAAAAAACAUUAAAGUUUUAAAAAAGAGAUUUAAAUUGCAUAAUUUUUGUUUGCUUUUUUUUUAUUAAAAACUAGUGAUUUCAAAAAAUGUUUAUGUGACUUAAAUAUACCUGCAUACUUUUAUUCUUUAGAAAAAAUAUUACGCUUUAAGAUAGUUUAUUUUUUGUAAGCUUACACAAAAUUUAACAAAAUGAAAAAAUAAAACCGAAAUUAA